UUUUUUUCCUUCUUCUCCCCUUUUCGCCACCAUUUCUCCUUCUCUCCCUUUCUCUUUCUAAAAAUCUGUGGAAAGUCCAAACUUAGAAUAUGACCGGCGGAGACUGGACUCAGGAGGCUAUGUCCGAUGAUUCAUUGGUGGCGGAGGCACUGAUCUCCCUCCACCAUGUUGAGCCGCCGUCUCCUCCUCCUGAGAAGAGCGGCGUGUCGGAUCUCAAGCUGAAAUGGAGCGUGCGGCAGCGGAGGAGCAAGGCGGGGCCGUCUUCAAGGAAGAAGGGAGAGCUUACGCGUGCCAGUCCCUCUACGCCUCUUUCUUGGAGUGGCGCAACUUCUCUCAGCGGUGGUGGUGGAGGUGGAGGCAGCGGUGUCGCUGCCGUUGAGGAGUCCAGCUGCGCCGUGAAAUUGUCAGAGGCCGUUAGAUCUAAGAUAUCUCAAACGAGUGUAACACCAACAACACCUUUCAAGAGAUCAAGAAAGAAAAAGACGCUUGCUGAACUUAAAGAGGAGGAGAGUUUACUCUUAAAGGAAAAGAAAGACCUGAAAAAUGAACUCGCAAGUAUGCGAAAUCUGCUGAAGCAACAAAAAGCAAGAAACGAGUCGCUAAAGAAAAUCCAGGCUGCUACUGAGACGCAAAAGAAAGAUGAUUCCUCAUUCUUGCUCCCUGACCUUAACAUUCCUCUUGAUAACAAGAACCCGAGCUGAUAUAUACAACUACAAAGCAGACAUCAAACAUCAACUAUUCUUUUGUCAGCCAGACGUUGUAGAUUACGCAUAACUGUAACUAUAUAUGAUAUGGAUAAGAGUCAUAAGACUAUAAAAUAGAUAAUGAUCGAAGGAAAAUUGGUUCUGAUGACACAGUGGAGAUGAGUUUGCUUCUUUUUUUCCAUCUCAUGGACUUUGAUUCUUAGGUUGUCGCAAGUUUUGGCCCUUGCCCUCUCCUCUAAUUCCCUCUCUCUCCCUCGCUUUGUUUUCCACUCUGUUAUGCUUAUCAAUGUUAUCAUAAGAUGAGAUGUAAUUUAAGAUUCAUAAAUUAUAUCUAUUACAUAGGUACAUUUUCUUCUUUA